AUGAAGUACAUGGCCCAAGGAGUGAAAAAUGGGUACAGAUUCAAUUCAUCGUUUGAAAUCCAACAACACGCGUCGCUCUUGGAAACCUCGAGAUUGCAUCGAGGGCGGACAAGUCACCCAGUCCCGGGCGCUCAGGAAGGGCUGUUCUUUCUUAGUGCUGUGACGUUGCACAAGCUCUCUGCUCGGUCAGGUCUUUGUGAUACUCUUCUAAUGAAAGGUCGAGCAGGCUUGGCGCGCUAUCCCUAUCAGGGCGUGCCGGGCAACUCGGAUGCGGCAGAGUUCCGCCGGACAGGGGCCGAUGCCGGAUGUAUUGCGACUAGAUACACCAUCGUCAACCCCUUUCACCCGUCUGUGGUCGACAAAAUCGACCCUGACUUUGCUAGGAUCUACAACCUCUACCAAGCUCCGACUUUGCGGGCUGAUCAAGUGCCGUACGAGGAAUAUAACAAGGAUCGAGCAAAGUACACGUUUCCUACUUAUAAGGUCGAAGGCCCGUGUCCAGAUGUCGGUAGCACCACAGUACACAAGAUCCCGGCAACACAACCGGUGGGAGAAAUCUCCGUACAAAUUAUCAAGCCAACAAGCGAUGCCAUCGCUCAAGGCGGGCUGAGCAACAACGGCCGUCUCCCCGCGUACCUUGACUUUCACGGCGGCGGCUUCGUGAUUGGGAAUCUGGCCACCGACGAGCUCUUUUGCAAGAACACCGCCCAAAAGGUUGGCUGCGUCGUUGUCAACGUCGAAUACCGAACAUCUCCCGAGUAUCCUCACCCCACACCGGUACUGGACAGUUUCAAUGCGCUGAAGUGGGUUGUCAACAAUGCUGACACUCUCGACAUCGACACGUCCCGCCUUGCCGUUGGAGGCUUCUCUGCGGGCGGAUGUAUCGCCGCUGCGCUGGCUCUUAUGGCAAGGGAUGAUCCGGCCAUCCCACCGCUAAAGCUCCAGCUACUGGUUGUGCCUGUUUUGGACGCAAGAUUCGUGCCGGAGGAGGGCUCGUGCGACCCUAAGACGGUUCCUUACGAGAGCUAUGUGAGUUUGGAGCACGCUCCGUGCCUGCCACUCAAUCGUCUGCGGUGGUUCUACAAUCUAUGGCUCGGAAGGGGCAAAGAGAGGAUUGAAAAGGCCAACGACUUCCGAGCAUCCCCAAUGGUAGCGGGCGAUUUCUCAAACCUGGCUCCUGCCAGCAUACAUUCUGCCGAGAUAGACCCAUUGGUGGAUGAGGGCAAAUUAUACCACGACAAGCUUGUGGCUGCAGGAACACCCAGUGGCCUGCAGGUGUACAAGGGCGUCGGACAUCCGUUUGGUCACUGGGUUGGUGAGCUGCCCGCUGCAAGGGAGUUCUACAAGAACGCGCACUCGGCAUUGCGGGCUUCUUUCACAGUCAGCCAAUAG